CCCAGCUCCUUCCUAGCCCUUCCUUUCCGCCUCAGUCCUGGUCCAUGGCUCCCGGCUUCGGCCUCCCUGCCUCUCUCGCUGAGUGCAGGCGGAGAGCCCGGGAGGCGCCCGAGGGCAGGGUCUGGGGCUGCGCGAUGCCGGGCACAUUGCUCCUGCUGCUUGCCUACCUGACUUACCUGGCACUGGGCGCCGGCGUGUUCUGGCUGCUGGAGAGCCCCGCGGCGCACGAUUCCAGCGAGAGAUUCCAGCACGACAAGUGGGCGCUGCUGCGGAACUUCACCUGUCUGGAUGGCCCGGCGCUGGACUCGCUGAUCCGGGGCGUCAUCCAAGCCUACCAAAAUGGGGACAUCGUCCUCGACAACACCACCAGCAUGGGGCGCUGGGAGUUUGUGGGCUCCUUCUUUUUCUCCGUGUCCACCAUCACCACCAUCGGCUAUGGCAACCUGAGCCCCCGCACGAUGGGCGCCCGCCUCUUCUGCGUCCUCUUUGCUCUCGUGGGGAUCCCGCUCAACCUCGUGGUGCUCAGCCGACUGGGGCAUCUCAUGCAGCACGGGGUGCACAGCUGCGCCCGCAUGCUGGGGGGCACCUGGAAGGACCCGGCCAAGGCCCGGUGGCUGGUGGGCUCCAGCGCUCUCCUGUCCGGCCUCCUGCUUUUCCUGCUGCUGCCCCCGCUGCUCUUCUCCCACGUGGAGGGCUGGAGCUACGUGGAGGGCUUCUACUUCUCCUUCAUCACCCUCAGCACCGUGGGCUUCGGCGACUACGUGAUUGGGAUGAACCCCUCCCGGAAUUACCCUCUGUGGUACAAGAACACAGUGUCUCUGUGGAUCCUCUUUGGGAUGGCAUGGCUGGCCUUGAUCAUCAAACUGAUCCUCUCCCUGCUGGAGGCUCCACGAGGAUCGUAUCCCUGCUACUGCCACAGCUCUAAGGGGAACUUCAAGCCCCGAAGCUGGAGGCAGGGCCUGGAUGGGGAGGCAGAGCCCCACUCCUCACAGCCAGGCUGCUAUCUGAAGGGACCUGUAAUCAUGAAUCUCCCAGAACCCUCUGUUCAAGUCUCAUGCUCUGGAAAGGACAGCUAG